AUGUUCGAUAAGUCAAAGGCCGAGGUUCUACAGUGCAUCCCCCUGUCCAACAACACAGUAAAACGCCGCGUAGAUAACUGUGCACAAGACAUCGAAGAACAACUUUUGAAUAAGAUCAAGAAGAGCCCCCUGUACGCUCUCCAACUCGACGAGUCGACGGACACCGAGGCGAAGGCCCAAGUAAUGUGCCUUGUUCGGUACUGCAGUGUUGACGACAACGGGAAAAAAAUCAUAGAAGAAGAUUUUCUGUUCUGCCUGCCAAUCGACGGUAACGCGAACGCCGCAAGCAUUUUCGGGCUGCUUGAUUCCUACCUCUCAGAAAACAAAGUAAUGUGGUCAAACUGUGUUGGCAUCUGUACUGACGGCGCACCUGUAAUGCUCGGCGCAAAGUCAGGCUUCAAAGGCCUGGUUCUGAGAGUCAACGGGCAAAUCCAGUUCACACAUUGCAUGAUACAUCGGGAGAGUCUUGCGGCCGGUCUGGAUCAAGAGUCACCAUUCCACGAGGUCCUCGCCGCCAUCGUGAAGAUGGUUAAUGAGAUCAAAGCCCACCCCUUGCAAACGAGACUUUUCAAGAUUUUGUGUGAAGAGGUGGGCGCGGCGUAUACGUCUCUGCUUUUCUACUCGAAGGCAAGAUGGCUUUCAAGAGGGAAAGUUACUCGCCGCCUCAUCACCCUUCGAUCUGAAGUGCGUGAAUUUCUGUACGCCAAACAAUCGCCGCUGGCUACUUACUGGGAUGACCCUAAAUUUGUACAGCAGGUUGCAUAUUUAGCGGACAUCCUCGAGAAAUUAAAUGAACUGAAUGUGUCGAUGCAGGGAAGAAAUGCCAAUGUGCUAACUCUGAGUGACAAGAUAAAUGGAUUCCAAGGAAAGCUUAACAUUUGGAGAAGAAAGGCAUUACAUGACACGUUUGACAUGUUUCCGACUCUCCAUGGCCUGCUCGAAGAGGACGAUUUACUUAUCAAAAGCCAAAUUACGGAGCAUCUUGACGGCCUCUCCGGAAAAUUUGAGGAGUGGUUCGGGGACCUACCCGGGGAAGAGCUGGACUGGGUCAGGAACCCGAUCAGAGUCGAAGAGUGGGACAUGCCGCUGAAACACCUCGAGGAGCUGAGUGACCUGCAGGCUGAUCGGUCAACUAUGCAGCACUUUGAAACAACUCCCCUCGACACAUUCUGGCUCUCCCUCUCUGCGGAUUAUCCAUGCAUCUCCGACCGAGCAGUUCGAGUGCUACUCCCAUUCGCCGCAACAUACUUGGCUGAAUCUACAUUUUCUGACCUCACGUACAUCAAAAACAAAUACAGAACGAAACUUGAUGUGAGGAACGAGCUCCGUGUGGCCACGACAC